CGGUGUUUUUGUCUUGUGUCAGUGUGAGCGCUCCCGGGGCCGAGGCGGCUGCAGGGAUUUACCAAAACGGGGGGACAGGUGCUGGGCUAAAAAAAGCGAAAGAAGGGAGGCAGUUGGAGGAGACCAGCGACGAGCGGGCCCCCGUCGUUGCUGGUGAGCGUAAGCGGGUGACUAUCUGAUAGCAGCCCCCUGCCUAAAAUGGCUCAAGUGCUGCAUAUGGACCCGGGCUUUCCAGGGAAGCUCAGCUCGCCAGCUGCCCCCUCCCUGCACGGCAAGGAGCAGGAGGCGCCUUACUCAGUGGAGACCCCCUAUGGCUACCGUCUGGACCUGGACUUCCUCAAAUAUGUCAACGAUAUCGAGAAGGGAAACACCAUCAAGAAGGUGCCCGUUCAGCGGCGGCCGCGCUACGGCUCGCUGCCCCGCGGCGGCUACGGUUACGCCGGCUCCUGGUGGACCUCCACGGAGUCUCUGUGCUCCAAUGCCAGCGUGGACAGUCGGCAAUCCAGCUUCUCCUACUGCGCUCCGGGCUACCACACCGCACACCGCCCCAACUUCAGCACUGCCCGCGUGGAGAAGACCUUGUUGGAUGCGCGCAGAAAGCUGGAGGAGGAGAAAGAAGGAAGGAGGUUUUCCAACCUGGGCAGCAUGCACAGCAGCGUGGUAGGCUCCAACACCUCCAUCAGCAGUGCGCACAGCUUCAACCGGGCCCACGGAGGCGGAGGAGGAGGAGGAACCUUCACUCCUAUGAGUUCCGGCCUGUCCACCCCGGUGACGCCGACCCCGGCCCACUUGCAGCACGUCCGGGAGCAGAUGGCUGCCGCUCUCAGGAAGAUCCGAGACCUGGAGGAGCAGGUGAAGACCAUACCUGUGCUCCAGGUGAAGAUCUCUGUGCUGCAGGAAGAGAAGCGACAGCUUAGCGUCCAACUGAAAAGCCAGAAGUUUCUGGGCCACACGAUGGGCUUCAACCGAGGUCGGAGCCGAGGAGAGCUGUACAUCGACAUCCCGGAAGAAGAGGCGAGCGUGGGAGAGAAGGGUGCCAACAAGACAUCAGCGCCCAUGUCUCCUACCACACCGGAGGGCUCCAAACAAGACUCGGGAUGCGAGAUUGAGGACACGGUUAUCGUGGCUGGUGCCAGACCGGAUGCCAAACGGGAGCUGCGCACCAUUGGAGUGGGACCGGAGGGCCAGAAGAGCAGUCGCCAGGUUGGGGUGGGUGUUCGGGAGGUGGAUCUGGGGUUACUGCCCGAGGCCGAAGCUCUGAAGAACCAAGUGGUUCAUCUGGAGGGUCAGCUGAAAAAAAUGAUGGCGGAGCUGCACGCCGCGCAGCUGCAAGCGACGUCCACCCAGAAGGACGAGGGCCCUCGGGCCGAGCGCCCUGUGAUGGCCACCACCAUGGGCUGGCAGGAGCUACAGGACGGCAACCUGCAGACUGUGGUCAGCUUCACACAGCAGUCCCCGCACAGGGAACAGAGAACUGUUGGCAUCCAAGUGUACACGCUGGAACAGCCCACUGUGGUGGAGGUGGGCACUCUGCUCCGAGCGGUCAGCUGCAGCUCCCCCUCACCGCUAUUUGGGGGCCACCACAGAGGGCAAACUGACAGCUCGACAGAAGUCCCAGCGGGGUUGCCAAUCGCAGUCAGCUCCAAGCAGGUGCGCGACAUCCUCAAGAGCGAGUUGUCCACCUCGGUGCCCGUAUCCAACCCCGGUGUCGCCGUCGGCACCGCAGGCAAGCAGAUUGCUGCCGUGUACGUCAAAGAGAAUGAGACGCGCCUGGAAGCCGGCGCAGAGACGCUUCAAGACGGCCGCACAGCAGCCUCGUCUCCCCAGUCCUCUCUGAGGUCCAUCAUGAAGCGGAAAGCAGAGGGGGAACCCGGCUCACCAUCUACCAAGAAAAACCUCCAGUUCAUUGGCGUCAAUGGAGGGUACGAGUCGACGUCGUCGGACGACAGCAGCGGCUCGGACGAGGAGAGCGACUCUAGCGAGUAUCACGAAGCCCGGGAAAAACUGUCAGAGUCCACGGCCGAGCACCAGCAAGCCUCCCGGCCUCUAGAGGGCGAUGACGUACCUCAGCGGGCGACCGUCCGACCGGCGGCCGAGGGCCCCGACUCUCCGCCUACAACCGCGGACGCAACUCAACUGUCACGAGCGACCGAGACUGCAGCUCCAGAAUGUUCAUCCCGGACAUCGCCGCCUGGCGCCAGCCCGGCUCCCCCGUGCCCAGCAAACAACUCUGCCUGCCAGGAGACUGUCAGUCCGACAUCAGCCACCAGCACUGAAUCCGAGUCGCCCGUUGCCUUCUCAGCAGCCCCUCAAUGUGGCGCUCAAAGUCCAGACGUCGCCAGGCAACACGCGGACACCGUGGCCCCCUCGAGCCAAUCGGAAUCCGAGCCUACGUCUUUGGGCGUCCCCGCGAAACAAGUCAGGUUGGAACUAAGCGACAGCCUGAUGUCAGCUCUUCGUGGCCUUCAAAAGGUCCUCGGGGAGCCUAAGGCCUUCAGCCAACAAGGAGCGAGGGAGGCGUACACCAGCGUGCUGCAGGAGUGGCUGCGCGUGUCCUGCCACAAGGCAGCGGACGCGGCGGCGGUCCGGGCCUACAUGGACGCCUUCGCCGCCGUCUCGCCUCAGCUGCUGGAGUUUGUCAUCAACAUGGCGGACGGCAACGGGAACACGGCGCUGCACUACACCGUCUCGCACUCUAACUUCCCGGUGGUGAAACUGCUGCUCGACACCGGUUUGUGUAAUGCCGAUAAGCAGAACAAGGCGGGCUACACGGCCAUCAUGCUCACCGCUCUGGCCGCGUUCCACUCAGACGGCGACCUUCAAGCUGUCCUGCAGCUGCUGUGCACCGGGGACGUCAACGCCAAGGCCAGCCAGGCCGGUCAGACGGCGCUGAUGCUGGCGGUCAGCCACGGCCGAGGGGACAUGGUGCGGGCCCUUCUGUCCUGCGGGGCCCAGGUCAACAUCCGCGACGAGGACGGCUCCACGGCGCUCAUGUGCGCCUGCGAGCACGGUCACGUGGACAUCGUGCGGCAGCUACUGUCUGUGCCCGGCUGUGACGCCACCCUCACUGAUAACGAUGGCAGCACAGCGCUCUCCAUUGCCCUGGAGGCCAGCCAGAACGACAUCGCCGUGCUUCUGUAUGCCCACCUCAACUUCGCUAAGCCUCCUUCCCCUGUUUCUCCGAAACCUCCUCUGCUGGGCUCCUCCCCCCCUGCCAGUGAAACAAAAUGAGACUCCGCUGGUUCUGCAGCCGACAAACUCUUUGCUCUCUCUCACCCCCGUUAUUUAAGCACAUGACGAUCGAGUGAUGGUCACAUGACUCACCGACGCCGCUGAUAUCAGCUGCCCGGCGCUCACAGCCCUUCUUUUGUUUGUCGUUGUGUAACGUGAGCGACUGAAGUGUUUUGAGAAACGUGAUGUAACAAUUCACAGCCAUGUGGAAUAACAAGAGCCACCCUCUCGUGUUUGAUAAUAAGUGUCCUUGGUCGGGUUUUCUCACCACCGCAACUGUUUUAUCUGUAUUUAUACACCAAAUGUUAUGUAUUCUAUUUUUGAUAAUUUUUCCUUCCCACGUCUGAUUUACCUCAGGACCUCGAUGGAUGACUAGUUUUGUUUUUUUCGCACCAGCCAACAGAUGAAUAAGUUCAAUAAGGUACUACCGUGUUUUGUGUUGUCAUACGUGUAAGUUGAUGGCCGCAAGGAAGAAUUUUUAUGAAAUUGUGUUUGUAAUUGUUUGUGCUCGGGAGGAGAAACAACUGAGACUGUUCAGUGUGGUCACGCAUGAAGGAAUAGAAACAGAAAGUGACUGACGAGGGUCCGAUAAGGAUAAAUUGUGUAAGUUAUAUUAAAAUAAUAUAUGCCCCCUUCAACUGGUAGCUAUCAUACCGAAAAUCGAAGUGCAUUGGCUAUUGAUGUCAAGAUUUCUAAUACUUUUUAACCCCACUAAACUUUCAUAUUCACUUUGGAGCAAUUCACUUUUUAUAAAGGUGUUCAUUUAAGCAUCUACCUUUUUUUAUACACGUAAGGUUUUUAGGCUCACGCAUACUCUAUGUAACCGCACAGCUAUUAAUUAAGCUCAUUUCUUAUGAAGGGUUAUGUAAAAGUUUUAGACUUUUUCUUCUAUCAUUUGUGCUUUUUUGUUGAUUUUGGUUUUGAAGAAAUAUUAAUAAAUAAGGACCACACUGAC